AUGGACCCGAAGGUCGACUAUUCGGGUCAUUUCGAGUUCGGCGGUUCCUUGGGAAAUCUUGCUGCGAUGAUCGGAUUUCCUCUGUUGAUGUAUUACAUGUGGAUUGGGGCUAUCUUCUAUGACGGACAACUACCGCUCCCGGAAGAGGGCCAGCUUUGGGAUAAUUUCGCAAGGCAUCUAUUCGAUCUCGCGUACGACCAUGCGUUUCCUAGUCUUAGGGCAUGGAAGAUCUACUGGGUCUACUAUAUCUUUGAGGCGGCAUGUUACAUCCUCAUGCCUGGCUUCACUUGCUACGGAAAGCCCUUAUUACACGAAGGUGGGAAACAGCUGAAAUACCACUGCUCCGCCUAUACCAGUUUCUACCUCACGAUUGUGGUCAUGGCCGUGCUGCACGUCACCAACCUCUUCCCGAUCUAUACCUUUCUUGACCUAUUCGGCCCCAUCAUGUCCGUCGCAAUCAUGUCCGGCUUUCUUGUCAGUUUCGUCGCGUACUUUUCCGCCUUCGCGCGUGGUGCCCAGCACCGCAUAACCGGCUACCCGAUCUACGACUUCUUCAUGGGCGCGAAGCUGAAUCCCAGACUAUUCGGCAUCCUUGACUUUAAGAUCAGCGCCACCGCAGCCCGCCAAUACGAACAAUACGGCUACGUCUCCGGCGAAGUCCUCUUCCUGGUCAUGGCAUAUUUCCUAUAUGCCAACGUCUGCGCCAAGGCCGAGCACCUCAUCACCACAACCUGGGACAUGUAUCAGGAGAAGCUCGGCUUUAUGCUCAUUUUCUGGAACAUGGCAGGUGUACCUAUGUCUUACUGCCACUGCGUCUUAUACCUCGCGAACCGUGACCCCGCCACUUAUGCGUGGAACAAAUACGCCCUGACAGCUCUCUUCAUCUCAUAUCUCUUUGUCUACUAUGUUUGGGACACGGCGAAUAGCCAAAAGAACUCCUUCCGAAUAAUGGAGCGCGGCACGUUCGUAAAACACAAGACGUUUCCUCAACUUCCUUGGCAGGAGGUCAAGAACCCCAGGACCAUUCCUACCAAGACGGGUGACAAGAUUCUGGCAGAUGGUUGGUAUGGCCUGGCGCGCAAGGUGCAUUAUAGCUGUGACAUGUUCUUUGCGUUGUCGUGGGGGCUCAUUACGGGGUUUGAUAGCCCGUUUCCUUGA